AUGGCUCGACAUCUUCCUACCCGCAAGCGAUACACUACACGUCAAACACAGAGGGAUUUAGAGGAACUAGGACAGGAGUUUGAAUUCUUCGACCCCAGAAAGCCCUUGCGCCAUAGUGAUCAGAUCGAGCACGAUAGAAGGGUUAGACUCAUGACCGACGACUGGCUAACCCAACUGCAAGGUCAAGCACUUCGUGUAGCACCGCAUCUGGGACCCCGUGGGAUGAACCAAUUCGUCUCCUACCAAAAUGCUGUGUUUCAGGCUCUCAUGCAUGUGCCAAUCUUCCUCCAGUGGAUCAGCGGGCACCUCACAACGCCAGAUUGUACAAGGAUGCGAUAUUGUUUGAAAUGCCUCAUGAAACUUUUCAUACAAGGUUAUUGGGGUGCUACACCUCUUCACAUUCCUAUCUCAGGUAGUAGUCAAGUUCUGUUCAACAUUCAACUAGCCGCGUGGGAUACCAACCUGUUCUUCGCUUACAAUCAGGAAGAUCCCAUUGAAUUCUAUCGAUGGAUUGUUGGAGAAAUGGAUGACGCUGAGAACGACAGAUGGCACGAAGACUGGGAAUCUCUGUUCACUAUGAUCUACCAAGCUUACGAGACGUGCCAAACCUGUAAAAAUGACGCUCGAGUCAGGCCCGUUUUGCAACCCCAAAUGAUGUUAGAAAUUCCCAUUCAGAAUCCAUCCACAAGGACCAUAAGGGAGGCAAUCUUUAGAAUAUUCGCACGGGAUCCGGUGAACUCUCCAUGCGGAUCUGCACAAUGCAGAAACCAGGACCGGAACAAACUCAGGCGACUAGAAACAAAGGCAGCGCCCAGAGCGCUCAUAAUCAAGCUGAAAAUAUACGACAACGACGAACAGAAGAUCGUCGACAACAACGGGAAUCUCCUCCAAGGGCCUAAAGUAGACGAGCGUCUGGAUCUUACUCAAUACCAGGCCUUCGACUCGGUGUCUCUGCGCUAUACAUUGUCGAGUGUAAUCUCGCACAACGGGCCAAACAUUGCUAUCGGCCAGGAUGUGGUCAGCAUCCGCAGCCACCGCGGUUGUACGGAUCGCUAUUGGAAUAUCGAGAACACCUCGAGGGUUGUUAUUAACCGGAGGGAAUUUCUGAGCAACCCUCAAAAUCAACCUCUGAGGGUAAACCGAUAUCAGGUGUACAUUUUGACGUACAUUAGAGACGAGAAAAUACAGGACAUAGAGAACAUAGAGAGAAGUCGCGAGUUGAGGAACCUAGAGACGACAUUUGUAUAA